CACUCACAGGAGUCCAUAUGUAAGAGUUUACAGUCACAGAAGGCGAUUAAGAAACUUAAAAUUAAUGGAAAAUAAUGUUUGACCGGCAGGUGGCGGUGACGCGCCUCGGCGCUGCAGAUAAAAACACCCCCGAAGAAGAGCAGCGCCGCUAACAAUGGCGGCUAACGCGCAGCUCCGCGUGGACCAGCUGCCCGCGGACCCGCUGCUGCACGUGCUGUCCCUGCUGGGCUUCAGAGACCUCAUCAGUUGUAGUUAUGUCAGCAGGAGGCUCAAUGAUCUGUCCAAACACAACCCUCUGUGGAGGUCUCUCUGCUCCACACACUGGCUGCUGACGGAUGCUGACCGGCUGCAGAGCGGCGUGUCCUGGUACUGCCUCUUCAAGCAGUACUACACAGACCUGGGCCGCUACAUGCAGUACUACCCGGCUCUGAAGAGGGCCUGGGAGCAGCUGAAGGUCUUCCUGCAGCUGAGGUGUCCUCGCAUGAUCGCCUCGCUCAAAGAGGGCGCCACAGAGGUGGAGCUUAACGACAUCGAGGCUCAGAUCGGCUGCAGACUUCCAGACGACUACCGCUGCUCGUACCGGAUCCACAACGGACAGAAGCUGGUGAUCCCGGGGCUGAUGGGCAGCAUGUCCCUGUCUAACCACUACCGGUCUGAGGUGCUUCUGGACGUGGAGACGGCGGCGGGAGGUUUCCAGCAGAGGAAGGGGAUGAGACGCUGCCUCCCGCUGACCUUCUGCUUCCACACCGGACUCAGUCAGUACAUGGCCCUGGAGCCGGCGGAGGGGCGCCGGAUGUACGAGAGCUUCUACCCCUGCCCCGAUCAGACGGCUCAGGACCCGUCAGCCAUCGACAUGUUCAUCACAGGUUCCUCCUUCUUUGAGUGGUUCACGGUGUACGUCCAGGACGUGGUCACUGGAGAGUACCCCAUCAUCAGAGACCAGAUCUUCAGGUACGUCCAUGAGAAAGGCUGUGAGGAGACGACCGGUGACAUCACCGUCUCUGUCUCUACCUCCUUCCUCCCUGAACUGUCCUCCGUCCACCCACCACACUUCUUCUUCACCUACCGCAUCAGGAUAGAGAUGUCCAGCAGUGCGUCUCCAGAAGCUGCCUGUCAGCUGGACAGUCGUUACUGGAAGAUCACGACCUCUGAUGGGAACGUGGAGGAGGUUCAGGGUCCCGGCGUCGUCGGAGAGUUUCCUGUCAUGACACCCGGUAAAGUGCACGAGUACGCCAGCUGCACCACCUUCUCCACCCCGACAGAGUUCAUGGAGGGUCACUACACCUUCCACAGACUGGCCAAUAAGGAGGAAGUGUUCCACGUGGCGAUUCCUCGGUUCCACAUGAUCUGCCCUCCGUUCAGAGAGCCGCUGGUCCGAACGCAGAAGGCGGCGGCGAGUUACCCGCCUCGCUUAGACGACCACGACCACGACGACGAGUUCUGUGACGGAGACGGCGACGACUUCGGAGACCUGCGAGGAAUCAACAUGGCCGCCCUGGAGGGAGCGUGGUGCCCCCGACACAUCUGACCGCGGCGUCGUCACGGAAACCAGACGGGACCGUCAGCCGUUUGUCAGACAAGUCGCGUCGAUUCCAGACUAACGAACAAAAAACAGGAACAAAUGUGAACGAGGAACGUUUCCUCACCACGAUGUGGAACGUUUCCUCACCACGAUGU